AUGCAAGUAACUACUUUCUUGGUUAUUGCUGCUAGUUUGGUAACAUUGGUGACAUCUUCACCAUUGACAUUUGUUUCAUCUACUUAUAAUAGUUUACCAACACCAACAACUACUAUCAGUGCUCAUGCUGGUUGUGACGUUGUUUUUACUUCUGAAGGAUAUACCACGACUGUUCCAUUUGAGGAUUGUCCAUUGACUUCUGUUAGUGCUCCUCCUGGUUUCCCACCAAGACCAUAUGGAGGGUGCACCACUUAUAAUGGUGAAGCUUAUUGUGCUCAAGGUAAUUGUGAUAUGUUUUAUGUUUCAUAUUAUCAUACAUUUUUUUGGGUGACUAGUUGCAGCACAGGAGGUUGUUCAUUUAUUACUGAUGGGCCUAGUAUUGGUUUCGAUUGUGCAACAACGAGAACUUUAGACGAUGGAUGUCUUGAAAUUCAAAGUAAAGAAUGGGAUGCAAUUCACAUUACCACUACCUGUCCAAACAAUACCACGCCAACUGAAACUUGUGGACCUACCUCAUUUGCUUAUGAAGAAACCAUAUAUGAUUUUACCACCUGUCCAUCAAAUGCACCCUUACCUAGUGGUUGUUCUCUUGAUGAAACAAUUGUUGGAACUAGAACUCUUGAUGUCUUGAAAUGUUCUACAACAAAUCCUCCUCCUCCAACAGAUCCUCCGAUUAUUUGUCAAUUAGAAACCUUAGUUUCUGAUGAUAUAACUUUAACUAGUAUGUCAUGUAAUUAUAUUCCUGAUGAUUGCUCUACAAGCACUUCGUUGAAUGUUCAUAACAGAACUGUAACCUAUUUUGUUUGUCCAACAACUACUAUUGAACCACUUCCACCUGGUGUUACUACUACAACAAUUUGUCCUCAUUCGAAAUGUCACUCUCCUCCUGGUGGUGGUAAUAAUGGCGGUGGUAAUAAUGGCGGUGGUAAUAACGGUGGUGGUCAUGGCGGUGGUCAUGGUGGUGGUCAUGGUGGUGGUCAUGGUGGUGGUCAUGGUGGUGAUAAUGGAAGUGGUGAUAAUGGAGGUGAUCACAGUGGUGGAGAUAAUGGUGGUGGUGAUCACAGUGGUGGCGAUAAUGGUGGUGGAAAUAACGGUGGUGACAACAAUGGUGGAAACUGUCCUCCACAAUCGACAAUCACUGUUACUGUUGCACAAGAAACUAAAACUGAGACCCAAACCAUUACUGAAUAUAAAACUAAAAUAGUUGAAAAGCCCUCGAAACCCACUAAACCUCCUCAUGGUCAUCAGGAUCAUACAGUAACUGAAACUUGUUAUAUAUAUGAGUCUAUUAUUACUUAUCCAUAUACUACAAUUACAAGUAGCUAUACCUUUACAGUGAAACCUACAAAUACUGAAACAAGCAUAACUACUGAUUCUAGUGAAACUCCAGACACAUCAGAUUCAAUUGAACCUUCAGAAACAACCGAGUCAAUUGAAUCAGUCGAACCAACUGAUCCAACUGAUCCAACAGAUUCAACAGGGUCAACAGAACCAACAGAGUCUCCCGAACCAACAGACUCUACUGAACCUACUGAAUCCACCAAACCUACUGAUACUACUGAUUCAACAGGGUCAACAGAACCAACAGAGACUACAGAGACUCUUGAUCCAACAGAACCUACAGAGUCUACAGAGCCAGUUGAAUCAACUGAACCUAUUGUCUCAAUAGAUCCAACAGAUCCAACCGAACCCACAGAUCCUACAGAGACCCCUGAUCCAACUCAACCUACAGUAACAAUUUUACCUGCUAAAUCUACAACAUUAAGCAACUGA